AGCGUGUCAUAAAAAAUAAUGUGGGAUUGCCCUCACCGGAAUAUUCCCUACCGACGGAACGCACGAGACCAUUUCCCGAAAACUAUAUAUAGCGAACAUUGAAUCCCAAAAUUUGCCCUAGAAAAGCUUCACCAGCCGCAACAUGCUCCUUCCUACCAAACACUCACACUCUCUCUCUUCAUCACUCCAAAUUCGUGACUACACUCACCAGAUUCGCGAAGGGGUUUAGGGUUUUGUCCAUGGAUGCUGUUGAAUUGCCUUUACCGGUUGAUGUGGCAGCCACACCCAAAUUGAUGGGAUCGGAGGGUUUUGCUAGAGCCAAGGAAGUUAUCGUUACCCAUUCGAAUUCAAUUGACUGCUGCAACUCUCGUCUUAUCCAAAAUGAUGUUGCAAAUAUGAAAAAUGUGGCUGAGUUUCCCUCCUGUAAUAAAUUUAUAGAGACUCAGUUCUCUAAGAAUUCUUGUCAGCUGCCCCAACUCAAUGGUGAUGAUUUGUCCAAAAAUACACCUAGUGGCAAUGACAAAAGUUGUCCUGUAAUUACUUCCAGACUGGAAGGUGUAACAUUACAACGAAAAGCAGCAAAAUCCAAUAGAAGUAAUAGUUCAUGUUCAAAGAGGCCACGGAUGUCCCAAACAGAAGAUUCUGUGAGCCCUAAUGGAAUUGAGGAGUCAAAGGAUAUUUCUGAUAGAUCACAUAACUUGAAGUGUACUUCUCCAGAGAAAAGUCAAUUACCAAAGCAAAAAAGCAAUGCCAGCAAGCGAGGUGAAAAGAGGAAUUUUAAAGUGCCUUCUGCAAAGGCUAAAUUUGAGUCAUCCUCUUUGAAGAUGGGUGCAUCAAUCUUCAGUUCUACCUGUGGAGGGAACAACUUUUUUGGGUUAUAUGGUCUGAAACAUGAUUUUCAUGAUGUUACAAAGCUUAUGGAUGAACCAUCUUUAGAUGAGCUCCUUAAGGGAACUUUUAACUGCCCCAUUUUAAGCAAAGAUAAAGGGAAGAAAACUUCAAAUAUGAAUGAAAGUUUCUUGAACUUAGUUAGAAAGGCAUUCUCCAUCCUUCAGUUCCCAAAAUCUGUUCGGUCCCAAAAUAUGACUGAGAUGGAUUACUCCUCCAACAUGAAAAUGUCCACUUGCCAAUUGAGUUCAGUCUGUUUAGCAGAAAGCGUUGGUAAUGGGGAUAAAGAGCAGUCUUGCACAACAGAUAUGUCUUCAUGUCAGAAGGAUCCUUGUAGUGAAACGGAAAGUACAGCUAGUCCACUUGACCUCCCAUUACGUCAACCUAAGGAUAUUUUGGAACAGAUUGCACUCCAUCCAUUCCGGGAUUUGGAUUCCUUGCUUCUUGAUGUGUCCAAGCUUGCUAUUACCACAAAGAAUAGUAAUGACCAACGUUCAGGCAAGCAGGUGUCUCGUCGGCCAAGCUUGCCAGCCUUUCCAUGGUCACAUGCUUUUGGUGGCCAUUCUAGAACUAAUUCUGACACAGUGAAGUUGUCAACAAGUAGAAGCUCAUGCCAAGGUAAAUGGACAAGGAUAGGUUUCGUUGCUAGCUCUAUAGAUAUUGAUCGCAGUUGCUUCACAAACCUUGAUUCAUUCAGUUAUGAUCAGAGCCUGGUUCCUUCGUCUUGUAGUUCAGACAAAAGAAUUUUCCCUUCUUUAUUUGCUAAUCUUCCUUUCCAUCAGUUGGAUUCUUCUUCUGUAUCAUGUUCUGAAGAUUCUCAGGUUAAAGCAGAAUUUGGAGGCCAAAUUGAUACUAAAGAAAAUGAUGAGCGUUGUCCAAGGAUAUUAACUGCUGCACAAACACUGUGUGAAAUUGCAACUAACUCACCAAGGCAGAGCUCAGAUGGAACUUUAAGAUGGCAAAGAAAAACUUCGCAUAAGACCAUGAAAGCUUGCUUUUUUAAAUCAAAUGAGAAACUUGAAGAAAUGUCUUCAAGACAGACUUCAGUGGUUGGAUCUGACAUGACGGCCAAAAGUGUGGAGCAGAUAAUGCCCUCAAAGAAGCCAAGGCUUUCUGUUGUCGAGAAUAAGAAUAGUGGUCAUUCCAAUAACAUUAAAAAAGGACCCUAUGCGUGGCCUAGUUCAAAAUCAAGUAGAUCAUCAUUACCUAGUAAACAAGUUAGGGACUUGUUUGUAGAAAACAAACGUACAAAUGCCAGCAUCUUGAAGCAGCAUUUUAUGAUGCCGCCACCUGCAAGAGAUUUGGAUAAAGCUUAUGAUGGUCAGCAGCAGGUUGGAAAAUUAGUAGUGAUGGAUUGGAAAAGGGGAAGAGAGAACACAGAUUGAUCAUACCAUUAUUGACUGUAAACACAUCAGCAGCUGACAGCUGUUGUGUGAUUAGCAAAUGUUUAGGUUAGUAAAAGGCGACUUUGUACAUAUUAUGUUGUGGCUGCAAGCCUGUGAUGAAUUGGAUGCUAGUGUUCAUGUUCAAGGGCAAACAUGAUUCAAAUGUUGUAACAUUAAAACAGGUGUAUAAAACAGCAGAAUUCUUUGCUUACCGGAGAGUAUGAAGCAAUAGCGAGAUGAAGUUCUCUCAUUCAUAUGCGUGUGUAUCUUCUAUGAACUGCAUGCCCGCUAUCAUUCUAUAGCAUGCUUCUUAUACUGGUCUUUCCUUAGGUUAUUACUAACCCAGCAAGUGCUGGGUCAUGUGUAUGUAUGACUUAUAGCAGUGCCCAAUAUUUUCGUAUUGCCCUGUUGUAUAAAUAUGGUAAAACAAUAGAUUACUUUGCCGUGCGUUUUGUGCUCCUGGGCAAUGCAUGUUGUAGUCUUUGUUACUUAAAAAUUGAACUGAAUGUAUUUGUUCAUUUUAAGGCGU